AUGCCCCACGGCAGCGCCGGCGCUUCCCAGGAAUUUCUUCCAGAGCCGACAAUACUGGGUCGUCGUAGCUACAAGAUACCAAGGGGCGAAACCGAACCCGUAUGGACUUCAGAACUCGAGGAUGCUCUGCUCAAAGCCCUCGAUGCCUACAGUCCCGCGCGUGGACAUCACAGGGCAUUCCAGCGCAACCCGAAGCGCAAUCGCUUCAUUUCUGACUUCAUUUUCAAUGUGACUGGGACGCGUCGCACUGCUAAACAGGUCGGAAGCCGCCUACAGCAGAUGAGAGACACCUGCCAGAAUGAACGAAUUCAAAGAUUAAUUCAAGGCUCCGUCGUCACCGUAGACGAGUCCGUCAUCUCAUUUGAUUCAGCAUCGUCGCCUUCCGCGUCCUCUAGCGAUCACGAUGAGCUGAAACUGGCUGAAGUUUCUCCAGAGAAGACCUAUGUCACAAUCCAAUUGCAGCCGUUGAGCGAACGUGAGCGGCGGAGCUCGGUGACCGUAUGUCAUGGUGCAAACGCCGACUCGAUCCAAGUGGACUGCUCUGCCGAUCUCGCUAGCAGCAUUCCGCUAGUGACAUUCACGUUGCCCUUCAAGAUCUCUUUGUCGCACUGCUCCUACUACAAAGUCAACGUUGGAGACUCUCUCGUCUAUGCGGAUAUUUCUGAAAUCACUUUUUUAUCUUCGACCCGACAAGGGGAGUACACCUACAGCACCCCACUGGUUCCGUCUUACUGGACUCAGCUCAGUUGCAGUUCGCAACUUUAUGAGUGUGUCGUCGAACUAGAUAUCCUUCAAACUCGUCUCCGCCUUGAGGAACAUAACAUACCCUCCAGUCCACACUCAAAUGAUCUCCCGGUUCGUUCUUUUGUGUUCCGAUUUGCGGCAUCGUUACCGAGCUCCCAUACGUUCUCCUUCACGCCGCCUAAUCUUGCGGCUGAGCCAUGCCUCCCACCGGAGUUUCCAGGUUCGCGCAAUCGUCGACCAAUACCCAUCAUAGCGCCCACCCGCCUCGGAGACAAUGCUCAUAAUCUUCCGCUGUCUUCUUCACGGCUGCAACAUCGUUCAGAAGCAUCACACAAUUCGACUACUUCGCGUCUACCACUGGGUCUCUCCUGCCCAGUUGAAGAACAAGAUAUAUCAGUACUUUAUACUCAUGACUGUGACUGGAGCUCCCAUGCAGCUGCGACAGCGGGUCCAUCUGACUAUGCUGCCUUGGCUACUCAAACCACACCCUCGGCGACACCACCUCUAUUGUUGCAUUAUUCAUACGACGGACAAAUCAUCCAGCAUCCAACUCCAUCUUAUCCAAUCCCACCAACCGGAAAUUCGCUCGUUAGCGAGUGGGCCGCCUUAUAUGCGUAUGAGCCUACUCUCCCCACGACUGUUGACGACAACACUUUUACUGUUAUACCUUCGCUUAAUGCUGUUGUGCCAUAUUUCUACCAGAAUCUGUAG